AGUGAGUUCCUGGGAUACUGUUCGAUAGGCGCUUGGAUAGGCGCUCAAUUCCCACAGCUUAUACAUAAUGCUAAAUUGCAAUCCGUCGAACAUCUCGCUCUCCCCUUUCUUAUUAACUGGUUAUUUGGUGAGCCGAUGGAAGCCCCUUUUUUGUCAGGUUGCAUCCUCACUCACCAACUCCCAUUCCAAAUCUACGUUGCCACAUACUUUUGUUUUGUGGACAUUUGUCUCUUUACACAGUUUAUUUACUACUCUCAGAGACGCUUCAAGAAAGCCCAGACUUCACGGUACUCUACCUUAAUCUAUCCAUCUUCACCGAUCGACACAGUCUCAGCUCAUUCGCGUAUGCGUGUCCGUUCCCAAACAUACCCUGUGGUCCCUGAUCAAAGAUCAGCAUUAUCAACUCGAAGAUCCACCACCCGUAAAUCGGCUACGUUGUGGGGUUGGCAAACCACGCAAAUAUCUGUUGGCUACAGUGGCACGGCAAAUCAUUCGGAACCCAGCACCCCAGAGCCCGUCAUAGGAAGAAUAUUUGCUUGGACGUGUACCACCCUUUACUUGACCUCUCGGCUCCCCCAGAUAUGGAAGAAUUUUGCUCGAAAGUCGGUGGAAGGUCUCAUGAUGUCAUUAUUUGUAUGCGCAUUUUUUGGGAAUUUCUUUUAUGUUGCCUCGAUCACGACGAACCCGAAGCUUGACGAGCCACCUCCUAUUUCCAGAGCAUUUUUGAGGGAAUCUGUUCCGUAUCUCCUCGGUUCAGGCGGUACUCUGUUAUUCGACGUCAUAAUUGUGGCACAAUCAUUCAUCUAU